AUGAUUGAGGACAAGUAUAUCGGUCUGGCUCUUGCUAUGACAUCGGCUUUGGCCAUUGGAACAAGCUUCGUUAUUACAAAAAAGGGAUUGAUUCAAGCAGAAGAACGACAUGGUUUUGAAGGUGACGGCUUUGUCUACCUUCGAAAUCCCCUGUGGUGGGCCGGUAUUGCGACUCUUGGUCUAGGAGAAGUCUGCAACUUCGCCGCAUACGCUUUCGCCCCUGCUAUCCUUGUCACACCUCUUGGAGCUCUCAGUGUGCUCAUUGGCGCUGUUCUUGGCUCGUACUUCCUCGACGAAGAGCUUGGUACGCUGGGCAAGCUCGGCAGUGCUAUAUGCUUGAUCGGCGCUGUUAUUAUUGUUCUUCAUGCGCCUCCGGAUGAGGAGAUCGAGACUGUUGACGAGAUCUUGCACUACGCAAUUCAGCCAGGUUUCCUUCUCUACGCGUUCGCCGUUGUUGCUUUCGCCGUCUUCAUGAUUUACAAGAUUGCCCCUGUCUAUGGAAGGAGAAACGCUCUCAUUUAUCUUUCCAUCUGCUCCACCGUCGGCUCCAUUUCCGUCAUGUCUGUCAAGGCUUUUGGUAUUGCGCUUAAGCUUACUUUUGCUGGCCACAACCAAUUCAGCCACCCUUCGACAUACGUCUUCAUGAUUUUAACGGCCGUAUGCAUUCUUACCCAGAUGAACUACUUCAACAAAGCUCUUGCCAGUUUCCCCACUAACAUCGUUAACCCUCUCUACUACGUAACAUUCACCACCGCGACCCUCUGUGCCUCCUUUAUACUCUUCAGCGGAUUCAACACGAACGAUCCAGUCAACACUCUCUCGCUGCUUUGCGGAUUCUUGGUUACUUUCACGGGUGUCUAUCUCCUGAACCUUUCCAGGGGCGACCCCCAUGGCCAAAGAUUGACUGCUGGACGAGGAGGAAGCGACGCUACCGGUACCGACAUGGUUUCUGGUUUACAAACCCGUCUGAGCAUGCAGGCAAGGAGGAGUGGUGACCCUUCACGACACAGCAUUAGCAGCCAACGUGGAGACCGCGAGGGCCUCAUUCGUGCAUAUGAUGAGGAGGAAGCUGCUGGUUUCGCUCUGACCGACCUCGCCUCGGAUAGUGACGAAGAUGUUCGACACGCCAACGGGAAUGGCAAAGCAAGCUACGACGAAAACAUCGAGCUCGAUAACCGCCACAAGUCAGGCGAUCGAUGA